AUGGCAGUGUUGAAAGUACACCAUUAUCACACUACCUUUAAAGCUAAAGAAGCAGACUAGCAUUUGUACUGCGCGUGUCCGUUUAGACGGCGCUGUUUGAGAGUAAAAACCAUGUCCGUCGAGAUGCAGCCCGACUUUCCAAUACUACCGUCAAGUCCGGAUGAAGUAAAUAAGAUGAUAAAGGAGCACAGUGACCUAUUUUCUGACUCCCAGUGUAAGGUCUGCAGUGCUGUCCUAAUUUCGGAGUCCCAGAAGUUGACUCAUUAUCAGAGUAAGAAACAUGCCAACAAAAUAAGGCGUUACCUCUGUCUGCAAAAUGAAAAGGAGCCAGCUGUCAAAAAGUUGAAGACAUCAGUCAGUAGCCCUGACUGCAAUAAUGGGGAUGCUGACCGGUACAAGGCCUGUCAUCUGUGUAACAUGACAUUCUCCUCACCUGUGAUCGCUGAGUCUCACUACAACGGCAAAGUUCAUGCCAAGAAGCUACGAAUGAAGAUGGGCGUUUCUCAGACUCCAGCUCCUGCCCCUGAGAAAGCAGCUCCACCGAAGAUAAAACCUGCAGAGGAAAUAAGUGUUGACAACAACAACGACCCAAACCGAUUUUGCUCCAUCUGCCAGGCUCCCUUUAAUAAUCCACUCAUGGCCCAGCAGCACUAUGAGGGCAAGAAGCACCGGAAACGGAUGACUAAGAUGAAACUGAUGGAGACUUACGGUCCAUCCUCUGCACCAGCUUCCUCACAACAGGGCUACCAGUGUACAAUCUGCAACAUCGAGCUCAACUCAGUGGAGCAGUACCAGUCUCACGUCAGCGGUGCGAAACACAAGAACCAAAUGAAGAAAUUAGGCAAGAGCCCAACAGAGAACCAACAAACAGCAGAAAAAACACUUGGGAGUAAGGACAAGUUUACCAGUAACGUCACCCAGUAUGCAGCAGAAGGUGACCAGUACGCCACUGGAGACAACAAGUACACCUCAGGAGAGGAUGAAUACACCACAGGAGACCAGUUUACUGCCACUGAUUUCCAGUUUGGACUUGGAGAUAUGGACAGGCAGUACCCAGGUGAUAAUAACCAGUAUAUGUCUGAGGACAAGCAGUACGCAGAGGAAUACCAGUACACCUGAAGUUGGAGCAGGUGGAAGAUCCUGUCAGGACUCACCAUACAACAACCAGCCCCUUUAACACAUUGUCAACUAACCAUCACCCGCCCUGGACUUUUCUCCUGGAGCAGUUGUUCAAACCACACGGUUAAACCCAGGUGUCCAUCUCCAUCAUUGUGUUCCCAGCCCGAUCUGAAGAUUCUUUUUUAUAAGCUCCUGAUGAUGAGUGUGAUGUCAAAAUGUGGACAUGGGCUCAGCAGUGAUGGAAACCCAGAAACCGGACUCCACCUCCAAAUACCCUUACUCACAACAACAAUGCUGCGCCUGUGCAUUGUGAAUAAUUAUCAUGCGGGAACCUUCAGUCCGAUCUUUCACUUCAUUCAGAGCGUAACCAUCGGUUGAAUCCAGAGAGGUGGUCAAUGUUCUUUCAAACUUUAUUAAUAUCUGACCAGCACUAACAACAACCAACAACAAACAACCACACCUCCACAUUUCUGAUGACAGUAACAGUGAAUGUAUGAAAAACACAUUCUCAUCUCAGAUGUUGCUUUGUUACUGGUACUUUUCAUGUUUUAUUUUUUUGCAAGCUGUUAAAAAAAGAGGUCACAUUUGUAACUAACUAAAGUCAGUUUUUAAAAUUUGUCGUUGCUUUCACUGUAAGACUCGUGAUUUUAGGUGAUAAAUCUUCAAAUUGAUUUUAGUAUAUAUUUUUUCAAAAUCAUUAAUAUCUUGAGCAGCUUUUUAAACAUAGUGCUGUUGUUUAAGGUCACUGAGGACUGUCAGUAGGGAAAAAGAAGACAUUUUUGUCCAACGUGGAUUGAGUUGUCCUUAUAGGAGAAUAAUGUCCCCUGCUUUAUAGUGCACCACUGGGUCACAGUUUGAGACUGUGUUUUCUGGCUCUAAUGAUGCUUAAAAUAUCCUAGCAAGUGCUCUGCAAAAUUACCUCCCUUAUUGGAUGUUAAGCUUUAGCACGGACGGUGUACAAAGACAACACAAGACAACACAAGCAACAAAUUGGAUGAUAACAAACAUCAUAGGAGAUAUCAAAGGUGUUUGCAUGUGAAAUGAAAUUAGUGGGUGUGUUUGAAACUUAUUCAGAUAUUGAUAAAAAUAAUCCUAUUGUUACCUGGACUUCAGCAGCAGCGACAAACAACAGAAAAUGACAGGCACACGAUCAUCGACAACACUCAUGGAAUGCCUCAAAUACUUUAAAGGACUCGUAGAAUACAUCAAAGGCAUAGGUGAUAUGCCUUUUCACAGCAAAAACAAGAAAUCAGUGAAUUCUACAGAGCAGCAGUUGGUAGCUUCUUUCUUUUUUUUUAAUCGUCUCUUGGGAGCCUGGACCUGCAUGCAAACUCAAGAAUCCACAUUUAGGAACAAAAACAUUUUUCUGGGUUCACGGUGUGGGGAAAUAUGUCAGGGCAGUGAUCGUCAAACAUCAGCCUUGGAAAACUGUUGGUUAUUUCCAAGUAUGCGUCAGGUCAAAAAUGGGCUGCUGCUUUCAUUGCUACUGACGAAAAACUCCGACCUCAAACAACAGCGUCGUGUUUUGGAACACAAUGCGUUUCUUUCGCAACUGCUAGUCUUGUCUCAACCCCAGAGGCCUGGAUGGACUUUUAGGGGAGCUUAUUUUUGACGUGUCUGUCUGGACAUUGCACACUCCAUAACAAUAAUGUGUAUUCAUCCCAGUUCUACAGUUAAAGUAUGUUCGUUAAAGUCUUGUCACUAUGAAAUCACAGGCUGAUGCUCAAACCUCUGACUUUGUAACUCAUGAGUUUUCUGGCUGCAGUCAGUGUUUUUAAUCAUCAGCUGAAGCUGCUGGAUAUUUAUUAUACACCAGAACAACUAAUGAUACUUUAUCAGACACUCCCAUGACUCAUAACAGAUGUAGAUGUCAGUGAAGAUGCAGAAACACGUUAGAGCUUAAAUUAGUCUCUCCUCCCGUCAUGUCAUUCUCAGCAUCUUUUUGUAGAGAUUGAUGUCAUUUUUAUACAAAAACAUUAAGAGUCUGAAUAAUUUUGUUUACAAAUUGGAUUUAAGGGGAUUGUAUUUAAGUCAUAAUCUGAUAGUUUACUGAAGUGUUAGCAGGAAUAACGUGACUGUCCUCUGUAAACCGUCAAUAUUUUGUCCAUAUCAGCUCUUUUCCGUUGAUGUCAGGAUGAAGUACUUUGAAAGUACAAACCCUCUUUGCUGGUGAAUGAUGUUAGAGUCAGCUGUUGGAUGUCUAAUACAUGACCAAUAAGUAGAGCACCUUUGAUGUAACAGUACAGAGGGCUCCUAACUCAGUGUAUAAUUCACCGUGUAAAAAAAAAAAAGUCCCACCAACAGUUGCAGUUCCACUUUCAUUGUUUGUGUGUAAGGUGUUGUAAUUUAAGAUUUUCUUUGAAAAUGCAUCGUGCAUACAGUAAAGAAAUGUUUUAAGAGA